CCCAGAUUCCAAAAGCAAGGCCCCAAAUCAGAUAUUAGCAGGGCCAGGACCCCACAGCCGUUUUCGCACCCACCGCAGCCCGAGGCACCGCGGCCCGCGCCAAUUGGCCAAUUGGCGAGUCCGGAGACCGGUUUGUGGUGCGCGCACGCCCGCGAACAGUGGGUUUUUUUCCUCGAAACAACCACGUUCUAUCGGUACCGCCGUUAACUCCCACACAAACUACAAACACACAAUGUCUGCCGUAGCCAAGAGUGCCUCCACCAAGUUGAACUGGGCCCAGAUUUCCAAGUCGUUGGGCUUGUCCGGGUCCACCGCGUCUUCGUUGACUGCUUUCAAGAAGAGAAACGACGAGGCCAAGAAGGAACACUUGGCCUUGGCCGAGAAGUCCACGCAGGUCGACUUUGCGUACUACAAGAGCGUGUUGAAGAACCAGGCUGUUGUUGCCGAGGUCGAGAAGGCCGUUUCCGGCUUCAAGCCCGUCACGUACGACGUGUCCAAGACCUUGAAGACCAUCGACAUUUUCGAGCAGAAGGCCGUGGAAAACGCCAAGUUGACCGAGAAGUCCGUGUUGCAGGAAGUCGAGCAAUUGCAGGCCACCUUGAAGGACAUCGAGAACGCCAGGCCAUUCGAGGACUUGACUGUCGAGGACGUGUCCCGCGCCAAGCCCGACUUGGAGGACAAGGUCACAUACAUGGUCAAGAACAACAAGUUCUCCGUGCCUUCCUACAAGGAGAAGUUCGGCGACUUGACUGUCAUGUAAGACAACCAGAAAAAAAAGGGGGAAUGCGUCACCAUCCAGCAUUCUAGACACAUACAGGGGAGCUUGCUUCCUGACGAUCAUCAAUAAAAC